AUGACAGAAUUACCAGCGUCUCACAACCUGAUCUUCGUCGCUUCCACCAUUGCAUUCCUCACUUUCCUGAUAAUAAGGUAUACUCGGAGCCCUUGGCGGAAACUUCCCCCAGGUCCAAGGGGCUUUCCCCUAGUGGGCAAUGUCCUACAGCCCAACAGCCAACUAUGGCUGUCAUUCACCCAAUGGAAGAAAACUUAUGGUGACCUCGUCUAUUUCCAUAUUCUUGGGCAGCCAUUUCUAGUGCUCAACUCGCAGCAAGCUGCAACAGACCUACUGGACCGUCGAGCCAGUAUUUACUCAGAUCGCCCGCGCAAUGUCAUCAACAUGAUGACAGAGGAACGAAACAGCUGGCGCCGCAUGCGCAAGGCUGCACAUGGAGGAUUCAACAAGAAUGUAGUCAAGAAGUAUCAUAACACCCAAACCACCGAGGCCAUCCUUCUUGUUCAUGGGAUUGCCACCGAUCCGAUCCGCUGGGAUCAGCACCUCCGCCGCGCAGCCGCAUCUGUUAUUAUGUCCGUUGUAUAUGGUACUCCACCCAUUGAGUCGAACAGUGACCCUUCGAUCGCAAACAUCAACGAGUUGGUCGCCCAAGUUACGACGGCUGCUCAUCCCGGUGCCCACUUGGUCGAGUUUUUCCCUUGGAUGAUAUACAUUCCUGAACGGUUUGCAACAUGGAAGCAUCAAGCUGAGGGGUGGUUUAGUCGCGGGACAAUCAUAUUCGAAGGAUUGUUCAACAGUGCGCGAGAGCGGGAUAAGAACGGUGAUGGAGGUCCCAGCUUUGCUUCUACAUUGAUAGAACAGCAAGAACACCACCAGCUCUCGAAUAGCGACAACGCGUGGCUUGCGGCGACGAUGUACGCUGCCGGCUCCGAGACAACUGCUGGCGUCUUAGCCUGGUGGGUCCUCGCAAUGCUCAUGUAUCCUGAGACUCAGGAGCGCGCGCAAGCUGAGCUCGACGCAGUCGUUGGGAGAUCACGCCUCCCGUCCUUUGCCGACUACGACCACCUUCCAUACAUACGCGCGAUGGUUGAAGAAGCCCUCCGUUGGCGACCUAUUGAUCCGCUUGGUCUGCCUCACUCUUCGACACACGACGACUGGUACCGUGGCUACUUCAUUCCAGCUGGCACCAUCGUCAUACCUAAUACCUGGCAAAUGAAUCGGGACAUCGAAACAUAUGGUGCAGAUGCAGAGCACUUUAAUCCAGAGAGGUAUCUCGUUUCCGCCAAGAGCACUCAAAGUCUUGAUGGGCACGAGGGGCACGCGACGUAUGGAUUUGGGAGGCGAGUUUGUGUUGGACGUUACGUCGCGGACAACUCGCUCUUUAUAGAUAUAGCCAUGAUUUUAUGGGCUAUGGAUAUCAGGAGACCGCUAGAAAUAAAUAGAAGGCCAAUGACUUUGGACUUGAAGGGAUGCGUGGAGGAUGGGCUAGUGGUCCGCCCAGUCCCUUUUCAAUGCCAAUUCACCCCACGUUCUCCAGAGGUUUUGUCCGUUUUGGAGCAUGCAAGGGAACUUCUCGACAUCUAA